GGCACCAAGGAGGAGAUCAGCCAACACUGGGAGUGGCUGGAGAAGAACAUCAUGAGAACCCUGUCUGUGUUUGACUCCAGUGAUGACAUCACCAGCUUUGUGCAGGGCAAGAUCAGAGUAAGUAAUCACUACAGCUUAUUAAACAUGUGGUUAGACACAGACAUCAACAUUACUAUUGUUGAUCUCUGCCACUCUCCCAGGAGAUGGAGGCCUCCUCCAGACUUAAUGAUUUAUUCAUGUGGUGAAGCCUACUGAUGAUAAGUGGCAAGUGCUUACUCUUUGAAAACAGUUGGUGGUGAUUGUUAUUUCACUACUGCUUUAUGAUAUGGAAACAUUUUACUGUUUGUUGAAAGCUAAGCAAAGGAUAGUAGGUUUGUAAUAACAAUAUGAAUUUAAGAAACCAUAUUAUGCUAAUCUAUAUGCCUUGAUACAGUUGAAGUCGGAAGUUUACAUACACCUUAGCCAAAUACAUUUAAACUCAGUUUUUCACAAUUCCUGACAUUUAAUCCUAGUAAAAAUUCCCUGUAUUAGGUCAGUUAGGAUCACCACUUUAUUUUAAGAAUGUGAAAUGUCAGAAUAAUAGUAGAGAGAAUGAUUUAUUUCAGCUUUUAUUUAUUUCAUCACAUUCCCAGUUGGUCAGAAGUUUACAUGCACUCAAUUAGUAUUUGGUGGCAUUGCCUUUAAAUUGUUUAACUUGGGUCAAACGUUUCGGGUAGCCUUCCACAAGCUUCCCACAAUAAGUUGGGUGAAUUUUGGCCCAUUCCUCCUGACAGAGCUGGUGUAACUGAGACAGGUUUGUAGGCCUCCUUGCUCGCACACACUUUUUCAGUUCUGGCCACACAUUUUCUAUAGGAUUGAGGUCAGGGCUUUGUGAUGGCCACUCCAAUACCUUGACUUUGUUGUCCUUAAGCCAUUUUUGCUACAACUUUGGAAGUAUGCUUGGGGUCAUUUUCCAUUUGGAAGACUCAUUUGAGACCAAGCUUUAACUUCCUGACUGAUGUCUUGAGAUUUUGCUUCAAUAUAUCCACAUAAUUUUACUUCCUCAGGAUGCCAUCCAUUUUGUGAAGUGCACCAGUCCCUCCUGCAGCAAAGCACCCCCACAGCAUAAUGCUGCCACCCCCAUGCUUCACGGUUGGGAUGGUGUUCUUCAGCUUGCAAGAUACCCCCUUUUUCCUCCAAACAUAACGAUGGUCAUCAUGGCCAAACAGUUAUAUUUUUUUUCAUCAGACCAGAGGACAUUUCUCCAAAAAGUAUGAUCUUUGUCCCCAUGAUGUGCAGUUGCAAACCGUAGUCUGUCUUUUUUAUGGCGGUUUUGGAGCAGUGGCUUCUUCCUUGCUGAGAGGCCUUUCAGGUUAUGUCGAUAUAGGACUCGUUUUACUGUGGAUAUAGAUACUUUUGUACCUUUUUCCUCCAGCAUCUUCACAAGGUCCUUUGCUGCUGUUCUGGGAUUGAUUUGCACUUUUCGCACCAAAGUACGUUCAUCUCAAGGAGACAGAACGAGUCUCCUUCCUGAGCGGUAUGACGGCUGCGUGGUCUCAUGGUGUUUAUACUUGCGUACUAUUGUUUGUACAGAUGAAUGUGGUACCUUCAGGCGUUUGGAAAUUGCUCCCAAGAAUGAACCAGAGUUGUAGAGGUCUCCAAUUUUUUUUCUGAGGUCUUGGGUGAUUUCUGUUAAUUUUCCCAUGUUGUCAAGCAAAGAGGCACUGAGUUUGAAGGUAGGCCUUGAAAUACAACAGGUACACCUCCAAUUGACUCAAAUGAUGUCAAUUAGCCUAUCAAAUCAAAUCAAAUCAAAUUGUAUUUGCCAGAUGCGCCGAAUACAACAGGUGUAGACAUUACAGUGAAAUGCUUACUUACAGCCCUUAACUAACAAUGCAUUUGGUAAAAUAAAACAACAACAAAAAAGUGUUGAGAAGAAAAGAGCAGAAGUAAAAUAAAAUAACAGUAGGGAGGCUAUAUACAGGGGGGUACCGGUGCAGAGUCAAUGUGCGGUGGCACCGGCUAGUUGAGGUAAUAUGUACAUGUGGGUAGAGUUAAAGUGACUAUGCAUAAAUAAUUAACAGAGUAGCAGCAGCGUAAAAAGAUGGGGUGGGGGGGCAGUGCAAGUCGUCUGGGUAGCCAUGAUUAGCUGUUCAGGAGUCUUAUGGCUUGGGGGUAGAAGCUGUUGAGAAGCCUUUUGGACCUAGACUUGGCGCUCCGGUACCGCUUGCUGUGCGGUAGCAGAGAGAACAGUCUAUGACUAGGGUGUCUGGAGUCUUUGACAAUUUUGAGGGCCUUCCUCUGACACCGCCUGGUAUAGAGGUCCUGGAUGGCAGGAAGCUUGGCCCCAGUGUUGUACUGGGCCGUACGCACUACCCUCUGUAGUGCCUUGCGGUCGGAGGCCAAGCAGUUGCCAUACCAGGCGGUGAUGCAACCAGUCAGGAUGCUCUCGAUGGUGCAGCUGUAGAACCUUUUGAGGAUCUGAGGACCCAUGCCAAAUCUUUUCAGUCUUCUGAGGGGGAAUAGGCUUUGUCGUGCCCUCUUCACGACUGUCUUGGUGUGUUUGGACCAUGAUAGUUCGUUGGUGAUGUGGACACCAAGGAACUUGAAGCUCUCAACCUGUUCCACUACAGCCCCGUCGAUGAGAAUGGGGGCGUGCUCAGUCCUCUUUUUUUCCUGUUGUCCACAAUCAUCUCCUUUGUCUUGGUCACGUUGAGGGAGAGGUUGUUAUCCUGGUACCACACGGCCAGGUCUCUGACCUCCUCCCUUAGGCUGUCUCAUCGUUGUCGGUGAUCAGGCCUACCACUGUUGUGUCGUCGGCAAACUUAAUGAUGUUGUUGGAGUCGUGCCUGGCCAUGCAGUCAUGCCUGAACAGGGAGUACAGGAGGGGACUGAGCACGCACCCCUGAGGGGCCCCCGUGUUGAGGAUCAGCGUGGCAGAUGUGUUGUUACCUAGCCUUACCACCUGGGGGUGGCCCGUCAGGAAGUCCAGGAUCCAGUUGCAGAGGGAGGUGUUUAGUCUCAGGAUCCUUAGCUUAGUGAUGAGCUUUGAGGGUACUAUGGUGUUGAACGCUGAGCUGUAGUCAAUGAAUAGCAUUCUCACAUACAGUGGGGGAAAAAAGUAUUUAGUCAGCCACCAAUUGUGCAAGUUCUCCACUUAAAAAGAUGAGAGAGGCCUGUAAUUUUCACCAUAGGUACACGUCAACUAUGACAGACAAAAUGAGAAAAAAAAAUCCAGAAAAUCACAUUGUAAGAUUUUUAAUGAAUUUAUUUGCAAAUUAUGGUGGAAAAUAAGUAUUUGGUCAAUAACAAAAGUUUCUCAAUACUUUGUUAUAUACCCUUUGUUGGCAAUGACACAGGUCAAACGUUUUCUGUAAGUCUUCACAAGGUUUUCACACACUGUUGCUGGUAUUUUGGCCCAUUCCUCCAUGCAGAUCUCCUCUAGAGCAGUGAUGUUUUGGGGCUGUCGCUAGGCAACACAGACUUUCAACUCCCUCCAAAGAUUUUCUAUGGGGUUGAGAUCUGGAGACUGGCUAGGCCACUCCAGGACCUUGAAAUGCUUCUUACGAAGCCACUCCUUUGUUGCCCGGGCGGUGUGUUUGGGAUCAUUGUCGUGCUGAAAGACACAGCCACGUUUCAUCUUCAAUGCCCUUGCUGAUGGAAGGAGGUUUUCACUCAAAAUCUCACGAUACAUGGCCCCAUUCAUUCUUUCCUUUACACGGAUCAGUCGUCCUGGUCCCUUUGCAGAAAAACAGCCCCAAAGCAUGAUGUUUCCACCCCCAUGCUUCACAGUAGGUAUGGUAUUCUUUGGAUGCAACUCAGCAUUCUUUGUCCUCCAAACACGACGAGUUGAGUUUUUACCAAAAAGUUAUAUUUUGGUUUCAUCUGACCAUAUGACAUUCUCCCAAUCCUCUUCUGGAUCAUCCAAAUACACUCUAGCAAACUUCAGACGGGCCUGGACAUGUACUGGCUUAAGCAGGGGGACACGUCUGGCACUGCAGGAUUUGAGUCCCUGGCGGCGUAGUGUGUUACUGAUGAUAGGCUUUGUUACUUUGGUCCCAGCUCUCUGCAGGUCAUUCACUAGGUCCCCCCGUGUGGUUCUGGGAUUUUUGCUCACCGUUCUUGUGAUAAUUUUGACCCCACGGGGUGAGAUCUUGCGUGGAGCCCCAGAUCGAGGGAGAUUAUCAGUGGUCUUGUAUGUCUUCCAUUUCCUAAUAAUUGCUCCCAAAGUUGAUUUCUUCAAACCAAGCUGCUUACCUAUUGCAGAUUCAGUCUUCCCAGCCUGGUGCAGGUCUACAAUUUUGUUUCUGGUGUCCUUUGACAGCUCUUUGGUCUUGGCCAUAGUGGAAUUUGGAGUGUGACUGUUUGAGGUUGUGGACAGGUGUCUUUUAUACUGAUAACAAGUUCAAACAGGUGCCAUUAAUACAGUUAACGAGUGGAGGACAGAGGAGCCUCUUAAAGAAGAAGUUACAGGUCUGUGAGAGCCAGAAAUCUUGCUUGUUUGUAGGUGACCAAAUACUUAUUUUCCACCAUAAUUUGCAAAUAAAUUCAUUAAAAAUCCUACAAUGUGAUUUUCUGGAGAAAAAAAAUCUACCUCUUGUCCAGGUGGGAAAGGGCAGUGUGGAGUGCAAUAGAGAUUGGGGUGGUAUGCAAAUUGGAGUGGGUCUAGGGUUUCUGGGAUAAUGGUGUUGAUGUGAGCCAUGACCAGCCUUUCAAAGCACUUCAUGGCUACAGACGUCAGUGCUACGGGUCGGUAGUCAUUUAGGCAGGUUAUCUUAGUGUCCUUGGGCACGGGGACUAUGGUGGUCUGCUUGAAACAUGUUGGUAUUACAGACUCAGUUAGGGACAUGUUGAAAAUGUCAGUGAAGACACUUGCUAGUUGGACAGCACAUGCUCGGAGUACACGUCCUGGUAAUCCGUCUGGCCCUGCGGCCUUGUGAAUGUUGACCUGCUUAAAAGUCUUACUCACAUCGGCUACGGAGAGCGUGAUCACAUAGUCAUCCGGAUCAGCUGGUGCUCUCAUGCAUGCUUCAGUGUUGCUUGCCUCGACGCGAGCAUAGAAGUGGUUUAGCUCGUCUGGUAGGCUUGUGUCACUGGGCAGCUUGCGGCUGUGCUUCCCUUUGUAGUCAGUAAUAGUUUUCAAGCCUGCCACAUCCAACGAGCGUCAAAGCCGGUGUAGUUCGAUUCAAUCUUAGUCCUAUAUUGACUCUUUGCCUGUUUGAUGGGUCGUCGGAGGGCAUAGUGAGAUUUCUUAUAAGCGUCCGGGUUAGAGUCCCGCUCCUUGAAAGCGGCAGCUCUACCCUUUAGCUCAGUGCGGAUGUUGCCUGUAAUCCAUGGCUUCUGGUUGGGGUAUGUACGUACGGUCACUGUGGGGACGAUGCACUUAUUGAUGAAGCCAGUGACUGAUGUGGUGUACUCCUCAAUGCUAUCUGAAGAAUGCCGGACCAUGUUCCAGUCUGUGCUAGCAAAACAGUCCUGUAGCUUAGCAUCUGCGUCACCUGACCACUGUUUUAUUAACCGAGUCACUGGUGCUAUCAGAAGCUUCUAAAUCCAUGACAUCAUUUUCUGGAAUUUUCCCAGCUGUUUAAAGGCACAGUCAACUUUGUGUAUGUAAGCUUCUGACCCACUUGAAUUGUGAUACAGUGAAUUAUAAGUGAAAUAAUCUGUGUAAACAAUUGUUGGAAAAAUUACUUGUGUCAUGCACAAAGUAGAUGUCCUAACCGACUUGCCAAAACGAUAGUUUGUUAACAAGACAUUUGUGGAGUGGUUGAAAAACGAGUUUUAAUGACUCCAACCUAAGUGUAUGUAAACUUCCGACUUCAAAUCAAAUUUUAUUUGUCACAUACACGUGUUUAGCAGAUGUUAUAGCGGGUGUAGUGAAAUGCUUGUGCUUCUAGCUCCGACAGUGCAGUAAUAUCUAACAAGUAAUAGCUAACAAUUUCACAACAUAUACCUAAUACACACAAAACUAGUAAGGAAUGCAAUUUAAGAAAAUAUACAUAUAUGGACAAGCAAUGACAGAGCGGCAUGGACUAAGGUACAGUAGAAUAUUAUAGAAUAGAAUGCAGGAUAUACAUAUGAGAUGAGUAGUGCAAGAGAUGUAAACAUAAUUAAAGUGACUGUAAACAAUAUUAAGUGACUAGUGUUCCAUUUCUUAAAGUGGCCAGUGAUUUCAAUAGGCAGCAGCAGCCUCUAAUGUGCUAGUGAUGGCUAUUUAACAGUCUGAUGGCCUUGAGAUAGAAGCUGUUUUUCAUUCUCUCGGUCCCAGCUUGGUCCCAGCUCCCUGUACGGAGAUGGCAUGCUGACUUGUUUAGACUGCUCAAUUAUAUUAGCUAUCUCAGUGGCCAUUAGAGGGAUGUUGACCUCCUCUCCUUUCUAUAAAGGGUCUGAUUGCUGAGGAAGGAAAGGUGUCAUGCGUGCAGGAGGAUGACCCUGAGAAGUUCCGUGAGGCGCUGCUGAGGUUUGAGAAAUGGUUUGACCUCCCUCAGAAGGAGAAGCUGGUCACCUACUACUCCUGCAGCUACUGGAGGGGCCGCGUGCCAUGCCAGGGCUGGCUGUACCUCAGCACCAACUUCCUCUCUUUCUACUCCUACCUACUUGGCUCCGAGGGUGAGAUGAGAGACCGAGACCUCAGCAACCCCUUACUGUUGGCUAACUGACACUACAUUUUCACUUAUACAUUGUAUUUGGAUACAAUAUUAUUAUCAUUCCAUGUCAUGACAGAAUGGCAGUGAGUUACUCAUUUAAGAUAAUCUGUUUCCUUUUCAGUGAAGCUGGUUAUCUCCUGGAAUGAGAUCUGGAGGCUGGAGAAAACGUCCAAUGUCAUCCUGACGGAGAGCAUCCAUGUGUUGGCCAAUGGGGAGGACCACUUCUUCUCCAUGUUCCUUCAUUUCAAUGAGACCUUCCUGAUCAUGGAGCAGCUGGCUGACUACUCCAUCAAACGCCUGUUUGAUAAGGAGACUUUCCAGGAAGAGCCCUCCCUCUCAGACCCUCUGCAGAUCACCAAGAGGUACUGUACUGUACUGACGGACUGUCACUGCACUCUUCCACAUAACUGCUAUUUGACAGUUAAUUCAGGGCACCAUGGUGAACUGAGAUGACAGUCAUAAUUCUGUUUAGUUCUUCCAUGCUCUCCUCAGUUACUUUCCUCUCUUCCAGAGGCUUAGAAACGCACGCUAGGAACGAGCAGUUCCGGGCCUUCUUCAGGCUGCCUAAAGAGGAGAACCUGCUGGAGGUGUAUGAGAGCUUCCUGUGGGUGCCCUUCAGCCACUUCAACACUCUGGGGAAGAUCUGUCUUUCCGAGAGCUACCUGUGUUUCGCCAGCCAGGAUGGCAGCCAGUGCCACGUCAUCAUCCCCAUGAGAGAGGCAAGACACUUCCAUGAAACAUAACUAAUUACUGAUUGCAUAUGUUCUGUUGCUCAGUGGUUUGUCCAGUGUUGUUGAAACCAACUCCUAUCUUUACAGGUGAUUGGUGUGGAGAAGCCGGACCGUAGCAGCAGGGCUUUGACUGUUUGUGUGCGGGGUAAGAGGGCUCUACGGUUCUCUGAAAUCCGAGACUUUGAGCGCCUCGCAAAUGCAAUCCGCAGGAGGUGUGGGAUGACGGCCAGUCCUCAGCACUCUGCCACAACUGAGGUAACUAACUGUUUUGACCUUGUAAUCAUCUUCCUGCUUCCUUCUGCUAGGUGUCUUGAAGUUUGCCAUCAACCUUCCAACUGUCUCUAAUUCACCUCCUUAUCUGCCAGGCUAUAAUUGCUGCCGUUGAAAACAAACAGAACUGUGUGUUCACUGUGCCUUGCAGGUCAUCAGAGGGGAGUGCCAGAACCUCAUCAAUCAUUUUGAGGACAACCCAGAGGAGGUGGCUUUGAUGGUGGGACAGAAGGACAGUAGCAAGGCUGUCAGCACUGAGGCCCUCAUGACCGUGUUCCAUCCCCAGGACACCGAAAACCUGGACCCCAAAAUGGUGGAUAUAAGUGGGAUUUUUCUCUAAAAUAUUACUUUCUCUCAUAGUAUGAAGAAAUAUAUAAAACAUUUACAAAAAUAUUAUCGCAACAUGUAAAGUGUUGGUCCCAUGUUUCAUGAGCUGAAAUAAAACAUCUCAGAAAGGUUCCAUAUACACAAAAAGCGUAUUUCUCUCAAAUGUUGUUUACAAAUUUAUUUACAUCCCUGUUAGUGAGCAUUUCUCCUUUGCCAAAAUAAUCCAUCCACCUGACAGGUGUGGCAUAUUAAGAAGCUGAUUAAACAGCAUGAUCAUUACACAGGUGCACCUUGUGCUGGGAACAAUAAAAGGCCACAAAAUUGUGCAGUUUUGUCACACAACACAAUGCCACAGAUGUCUCAAGUUUUGAGGGAGCCUGCAAUUGGCAUGUUGACUGCAGGAAUGUCCACCAGAGCUGUUGCUAGAGAAUUUAAUGUUCAUUUCUCUACCAUAAACCGCCUCCAACGUCGUUUUAGAAAAUUUGGCAGUACGUCCAACCGGCCUCACAACCACAGACCACAUGUAUGGCGUCCUGUGGGCGAGCGGUUUGCUGAUGUCAGCAUUGUAAACAGAGUGCCCCAUGAUGGCGGUGGGGUUAUGGUAUGGGCAGGCAUAAACUACAGACAACGUAGCUUAUGCCCAUUGUCGUGCCAUUCAUCCGCCACCAUCACCUCAUGUUUCAGCAUGAUAAUACACAGCACUGUGUCGCAAGGAUAUGUACACAACUCCUGGAAGCUGAAAAUGUUCCAGUUUUUCCAUGGCCUGCAUACUCACCAGACAUGUCACCUGUUGAGCAUGUUUGGGAUGCUCUGGAUUGACGUGUACGACAGUGUGUUCCAGUUCCCGCUGAUAUCCAUCAACUUCGCACAGCCAUUGAAGAGGAGUGGGACAACGUUCCACAGGCUACAAUCUACAGUCUGAUCAACUUUAUGCGAAGGAGAUGUGUCGCGCUGCAUGAAGCAAAUGGUGGUCACACCAGAUACUGAUUGGUUUUCUGAUCCACGCCCCUACUUUAGGUAUCUGUGACCAACAGAUGCAUAUCUGUAUUCCCCGUCAUGUGAAAUCCAUAGAUUAGGGCCUAUUGAAUUUAUUUCAAUUGACUGAUUUCCUUAUAAGAACUGUAGUAACUGAGUAAAAUCGUAUAAAUUGUUGCAUGUUGCGUUUAUAUUUUUGUUCAGUAUAGUUUCUCUAGGAGGACAGUUUUUUCCCAGUGUGAGAAUGUGCAGAGCAUGAUAGUAGGGUGGAGUAGGUGCUCUCCCUGUACUGUAGAUGUGUCCCAGCCUUGACAGCUCAUUUUUUAUUCCCCUGUUCAUUCUCUGUGCCUGACAGCUGAAGGAGAAGAUGAAGGAGCAGUCAUGGAACAUUCACUUCUCAGAGUAUGGCCGUGGCACCAGUAUGUUCUGUACCAAGAAGACACGAGACCUGAUUGUGCGUGGCGUCCCUGAGGCCUUAAGAGGAGAGCUCUGGAUGCUUUUCUCAGGUACUGUUUGAUAUGGCUCAUUAACUGUUAUAUGGCGCAUAUGUCUCAUUUUCUGAUCUGUAAAAGUGUGGUGUCUUUAAUGUUUAAUGCAGUAGGUAGCUAUAUGUGUUUUGUUAAAUAUGGUGUAGGGUGUUUUGCCUUUGUACAAUAGGUGCAGUCAACGACAUGGCCACUAACCCGGGGUACUACAGUGAGCUGGUGGAUCAGUCUCUGGGCACCAGCACCCUGGCCACUGACGAGAUAGAGAGAGACCUGCACCGCUCCCUACCAGAGCACCCUGCCUUCCAGAGCGACACAGGCAUCUCUGCCCUGCGCAGAGUCCUCACCGCAUACGCCUACAGGAACCCCAAAAUCGGCUAUUGCCAGGUACCAAGCUAAAACCCCCUAUAACACUUUCUUAAAUGUUUUAUUUCAAAAAGCUAAUGGGCACCUUUACAUCUCUCGUGCUUUUUUUCUUGUGAAGGCCAUGAACAUCCUGACGUCGGUCCUGUUGCUCUAUGCAAAAGAGGAGGAGGCUUUCUGGCUGCUAGUGGCCGUCUGUGAGAGGAUGCUGCCUGACUACUUCAACCGCAGGAUCAUCGGUGAGUGACGCAGCUGAAUAACAUUGUCAUUUUUAGUUGUAGCAUCACAUUAGAUAUAUGUACUGUAUGUGUGUUUGAAACUGAACUACACUUUCCCCCUUAACUGCUAAAAAUCCUGUUUACAAACUUGUGUUUCCUCAGGUGCCCUGGUGGACCAGGCAGUGUUUGAGGAGCUGAUCCGAAUGCACCUCACCCAGCUGACGGAGCACAUGACAGACCUGACCUUCUUCUCCUCCGUGUCCCUGUCCUGGUUCCUCACCCUGUUUAUCAGCGUCCUGCCCAUAGAGAGCGCUGUCAACGUGGUCGACUGCUUCUUCUACGACGGCAUCAAAGCCAUCCUGCAGCUGGGCCUGGCUGUGCUCGACUACAACAUGGAGGGCCUGAUCAGCUCCCAUGACGACGCUGAGGCAGUCACCAUCCUCAACAAGUGAGUGUCAACACAGAGAGGGCGGGGUCUGAAGGUCAACUGAAUUGGUUAUUUCAAAGUACUGUAUUAGGUUUAUGAUGGAUUGUGAAGCAACAUAAUCUCCAAAACAAUGAGUAAAUUCUACAGGAAUGUCCAUCUAAUUCAGGUUACUUAACUGCUGCUCUGUUUGCCCUGGCAGGUUUUUCGAUAAUGUGACAAAUAAGGACAGUCCUCUACCACAAACAGUGCAGCAAAACUCAGUGGGGAACAAUGACAACGCAUCAUCCAUCUCCAAGGUGGACGUCAGUGAUCUCAUCAAAGAAGCCUAUGAGGUACUGUAACAGUCAGAGCUGCUAGGACUCACCCCAUGUCUCAAUGUCAGGCUUGUCAUUGAUUUAACUUUUUGAAUUUGCUUACAGAAAUAUGGAGACAUGAAAUCAGAGGAAGUAGAGCGCAUGCGGAAAAGAAACAAACUAUAUGUAAUCCAUAUGUUAGAGGAUACGACCAAGCAAAAUGUGGUGAGUGGCUCAUCCCCAAACUUCCAUAGCAACCUUUUGGCAUUAUUUACUACAAUUUGAUGUAGGAUUAUUUGAGAUGUACUUUUUUCUCAGCUACGGGUAGUGUCACAAGAAGUAAAGUUCAGUGCUUCCCAGCUUGAUGAAUUUUAUGUAUUGUUCAAGGUGGGUGCAAUAUCUCAAUCACUCUUUUCAAAUAAUAAUAUUCCACUGCAUACCUACAUGCAUUAAUAUUCCUUCUCAUAGACACAGAGUUGACAUGACUGGCAUGAAAAAUUGAAAUAUGUUGAAAAUAGACACAAAGUUAACCGUUGGAGAUUGAAUACUUCAAUGUGUUUCCAGAGGCAACAUUUCCUCAGCUGCUACUGGACUAUGAACAGCCCAGUGCUGCUGCACCACGACCCCAGCCUGGCCUAUCUGGAGCAGUACCAGCUGGGCUUCCAUCAGUUCAGCCUACUCUUCUCCCUCCUGGAGCCCUGGUCCCUCUGCAGCGGCAAGGAUGCCCUCUUCCUCUGGGCCUUCCGCCUGCUGGAUGAGAACCAGGAUGGCCUCAUCAACUUCAAAGAGUUCUGCUGUGCCCUGGGUAAGGUUACACCAGCGCUCUGAUGUAUAGCUACAGGUCUAUGAACGCUGCUCCCACCCUCCGCUUCUACCAUUAUCUGUGGGAACUGUAUGUCACAUCUAAUCCAGCAUCAACAUCAUGCGACCUUUCAUGCUAAUUUACCCCCUCCCUAUUUUGUUCUUACAACAGAUAUUUUGUACAGCGGCACUUUCACCAACAAACUGAAAUUCCUGUUCAAGCUUCAUCAGCCACCAGGUAAGUAAGAUUACCAACAACUGCAUCAGCACCUUCUCUAUUAACCACUUGUCAUUCUAUGUCUUUGAUACUUUUGUUCUGUAUUCCUUCUCCAGUGCCUUUAGAAAGUAUUCAUACCCCUUGACUUAUUCCACAUUUUGUUGUGUUACAGUCUGAAUUCAAAAUUAAUUCAAUGUUUUUUCUCACCCAUCGACACACAAUAACUCAUAAUGACAGUGAAAACAUGUUUCUAGACAUUUUUGCACAUUUCUAGAAAAUAAAUAAUUUACAUAAUUUUUCACACCCCUGAGUCAAUAGAAGGACCUUUUGCAGUGAUUACAGCUGUCUUUCUGGGUAAGUCUCUAAGAGCUUUCCACACCUGGAUUCUGCAACAAUUGCCCUUUUAAUUUUUUAAAGCUCUGUCAAAUUGGUUGUUGAUCAUUGCUAGACAACCAUUUGCAGGUCUUGCCAUAGAUUUUCAAGUAGAUUUAAGUAAAAAACUGUAACUCAGCCACUCAGGAACAUUCAGUCUUCUUGGUAAGCAACUCCUCUUGUGUUUUAGGUUAUUGUCCUGCUGAAAGGUGAAUUAAUCUCCUAGUGUCUGGUGGAAAGCAGACUGAACCAGCUUUUUCUCUAGGAUUUUGCCUGUGCUUAGCCGUUUCUUUUUUAUCCAGAAAAACUCCCUAGUCCUUAACGAUUACAAGCAUACCCAUAACAUGAUGCAGCCACCACUAUGCUUGAAAAUAUGGAGAGUGGUACUCAGUAAUGUGUUGUAUUGGAUUUGCCCCAAACAUAACACUUUGUAUUCAGAACAAAAAGUUAAUUGCUUUUCCACAUUUUUUGCAGUAUUACUUUAGUGCCUUGUUGCAAACAGGAUGAAUGUUUUUGGAAUAUUUGUAUUCUGGACAAGCUUCCUUCUUUUCACUCUGUCAAUUAGGUUAGUAUUGUGGUGUAACUACAAUGUUGUUGAUCCAUCCUCAUUUUUCUCCUAUCACAGCCAUUAAACUGUUUUAAAGUCACCUUAUUUAGGCUUAUUUAGGCUUGCAAUAACAAAGGGGUUGAAUACUUAUUGUCUCAAGACAUUUAGCCUUUUCAUUUUGUAUUAAUUUGUAAACAUUUCUAAAAACAUAAUUCCACUUUGACAUUAUGGGGUAUUGUGUGUAGGCCAGUGACCAAAAAUCUCAAUUUAAUUCAUUUUAAAUUCAGGCUGUAAAACAACACAUUUUGGAAAAAGUCAAGGGGUGUGAAUACUUUCUGAAGCCACUGUAUAAUAAGAAACAAAUCUGACUUUCCAAUUUCAACUGUACUGUAUAUUUUGUGCUACUCUUCUACUCACCAACUAAUCUCUUUUUUAACUGUUCCUUACAUCUGUCCGUACUGUAAUGUUGCAUGAUCUCACAGAGAAUGUCUUCUUCCAGCUUUCACAGGUAGUCCUUUCCAAUCAAAGGCCCAAAGAUUGCCUCACUUUAUUCCAAUGACUGACGACCUAUCCCACUUGAGUCGAUUGACUGGUCAGCUUGCUUUGCUCUUUUCUUUCUCUGCUAUAACCAUUUCACUCUAGGCCUCUGUUCUUUUCUCUUUGGUAGAUGCUCAUCUGUCUGUCUUUAACAAUGUCUUAAAUUUGUCUCUUUUGUUGUGUACAAUUUGUUUUACCAACGGUCCCCCGCCCACUUCACUUCAUUCAUUGAAAAUGAAAUGUCUUCUGUUGUUUUGUCGCCCCCAAUGUGCUAUAUGGAUCUUUUGUGCUAUAUAUCACACACGCACAGCAUACAGAGCCUAGUUUGAGGAGCCGAAUAGCCUAUCACCUGUCAGACAGCGCGAGAGCUGCUCCUCCAAAAGUGGUACUGGAAUGAAACGUGCUUUUAUAAGCCCAGUCAUUACGCAACAAAUAGCUUAACAGUUCUAGAUGCAUUCACGUGUUAACUGUUUUGAAGCCUCCUGAGUGGCGCAGCGGUCUAAGGCACUGCAUCGCAGUGCUUGAGGCGUCACUACAGACCCUGGUUUGAUCCCAGGCUGUGUCACAACCGGCAGUGACCGGGAGUCCCAUAGGGCGCCGCACAAUUGGUCCAGCGUCGUUCGGGUUAGGGGAGGGUUUGGCCGGGGGGGCUGUACUCGGCUCAUCGCGCUCUAGCGACUCCUUGUGGCGGGCCGGGCGCCUGCAGGCUGACUUCGGUCAUCAGUUGAACGGUGUUUCCUCCGACACAUUGGUGCGGGUGUUAAGGAGCGCGGUUUGGCGGGUCAUGUUUCGGAGGACCUUCGCCUCUCCCGAGCCCGUUGGGGAGUUGCAGUGAUGAGACAAGAUCGUAAUUGGAUAUGACGAAAUUGUGGGGUAAAAAAAUAACUUUUGAUGGCCACGAUUUAAAAAUAGCUACUAUUUCUCAAUCUCAACUCAGAAUUAAAGCACGCCUCCCAUUCGCCAUUCGAGUGCAUAGGCUAUAGUCAACAGUAGGCAGGCUAUCAGCGUGUCACCCUGAACUUUACAAUGUGAGCUUGAGGCAUUAUAAUUGUUUGAAACAUGAACGUUUUACUUUACUACAGAUAAUGAGGAAUGUCUUACCUUGCUUCACAGUAGCCUAGCCAAAUUCCAACCAUAGAAAUGUGGAGGCAAUUCUUUUAGAAAGACUUCCUCAUGCCAUUAACCAGCAUUUGUUCUAUUGGUAUUUAUAUUUAGUUGUCCAGAAGCCAAAGUCACAAUCCUAGUCAUAUUAACAACCCAUCGUAGUUGUUGCUAUUAGAUUGCCCCCUUUUCUACGUUUCUAACUGAGAUUUUCAUCUCUGUCACAUAUGGAACCGCUCGCAUUAGGUGCGCUGUUUAGAACAGUGUUUUGUCGCUAAUUGCAUUUUGGCAAAUGUUUUACUAGCUGCUUCAUUACACCAGUUGCAUGUUCAAUAAUAGCCUAUUUCCUUUUGACUGUAAGACAUAGGCUUGCUAUUUUUGCAUGUUUUCAUUAAGCUUUUAAUGAAAAAUGACCGUUCCUAUGUAUGCAUAGUAUUUUCUGUUGGUCACGUCACGUUUCGAAAACACUUUACCGUUUGUUGACUGGAUAAUGAGGUUGGUUAGUCGGCAGCAAAACUUACCAAAAUGUGCAUCCCUACUAGUACCAUCUAGAUAUGUGUCCUUGUAGACAAGGUUUAUAUAUGAUAUAAUUGCAAAAUGUACUUUACAGUUACUGUAUGACUUCCUCUGACUUAUGUGAAUGUACUCCAUUCUUACUAUGUAGUGUCCGAUCUUCCAGAAGAUGGCGUGAUCAGAAAAAGCCCUGAAAGAGGUAAUUUAAUUGGCCUGUCUCUUUUUCUCUUUUACCAAGCUUCACAAUGUUGCUAAUUUGAACAGAAUGUCCUUCUACACAUGACCCAUUUGUGUCUGAACUCUGCACUUUCUGUUUCACUCCCACAGGCAGAGGGAAAGUGGAUCUGCAGGCCUACCUGAAACAAUGGCAAGAUGAGAUACUAAAGAAAGAGGAGAGCAUUAAGGAUUUACCCAGAAUUAACCAGGUGAAUACACCACUAUCUAGGUUAACAUGUAGUCAAUUAGGUGAAUAUGAAAUGCAGUUAUCUUUUGAACAGAUCAGCUUUGAACAAUUGAAUCCACAUGUUAUGUCAUUCCUCUAUGCUAAAAGAAACAAAGAAAAAAUCUAAAAAUGUAAUCUAUCCCUUUUCUUUUCUGGUUGUCAGGCUCAGUUUAUCCAGUUCUCCAAAACGCUCUACAACCUGUUCCAUGGUGACCCAGAGGAAGAGUCUCUGUACCGUGCUGUGGCUCGAGUCACCAGUCUUCUGCUGAGGAUGGAAGAAGUAGGGCGCAGGCUCCAGGAGCCCACCAGUCUUCAGAAAUCCAGCAUUAGCCCCAUCCAGGCUGCCAUAGAGGGGGCUCUACCCAACGGGGAGGCUUCCAGCACCCCUGAGAGCAGCUCAGACACCCCUAGCACUCCUAUCCCACAGGAGGUUGAGUGGUCGUUCGCUUUUGAGCAGAUCCUGGCAUCCCUGCUCAACGAGCCUGUCCUUGUGCACUUCUUUGAGAGGCCUGUAGAUAUUCAGGGCAGGCUGGACCAUGCCAAGAGUGCUCAGUUGAAUGCCAAGACAAACAAGUGA